AUGACUGCCACCCCUCCGGAUAUGACAGAGAUGGACGUCUUGGGUUUGAACUUGUCAAACCCGAGCUCUAUAUCGAAAGCGUCUCACGCUCAUCCCUAUGCCUCCUCGAUCUCCUCCUCCGCCUCCUCCUCAUCUUCCUCCGUCUUUUCCCUCGACGCGAUUUCUUCGCAAAUCUCGUCCACCACCACCAACCCGGUCGAUGUGAUCUGGGAAAAUAAUAAUCAUAAUGACGGCGAUCAUCAGGGGGCCGGACGGAACCCGAGUGUGGUAUGCCCCCGUGCCCUGGCCAAGGGCGCUCUUCCCAAGACGACGGAUGCUCCGGUGCCGCCGGAGAUGCGCCAGCAUCCUCGGCGCACCAACAGCCUCGCCGCCGCCAGCGGUCCCUGCGCGCGGGCUCCGCCCUGUCUGCUCCGCCAGUCGGAGCGGAAAGUGAACUUUGUCGACAACCUAGUCGACACCGCGUCGCAGAUCGUUGAGAUCGUCUGGCCUUUGUCCGCCGCGGCAUCCCGCAGUGAUGCCGCGACCGGGACCAAAGGCGUGCUGCCUCUCCGCACCUUCAUCCAGGAAACGCUCCGUCGCUCGCGCACUAGUUAUAGCACCCUGCAGGUGGCCUUGUACUAUCUGAUCAAGAUUAAGCCUCAUGUUCCCUCCCACGACUUCACCCACGAGCAACCGCGGGACCAGUCGCUUCUGCGGGCCAUGCAGUGUGGCCGCCGGAUGUUUCUGGCGGCACUAAUCCUUGCGUCCAAGUAUCUGCAGGACCGGAACUACUCCGCCCGCGCCUGGAGCAAAAUCUCCGGUCUCAACACGCUUGAGAUCAAUCAGAACGAGCUGAUGUUCCUCGAAGCGGUGGGCUGGCGCCUGCAUAUUUCCGAGGCUACCUUCCAGCGAUGGACCGACUUGGUUUUGAAGUUGACCCCCGGUGCCGGUGGUCCUCCCGCUAUCGACGGUCAGUGCUGGCGGACGGUUCUGCCCCGUCUGACUCCCGAGUUGGACACGGUGGAUCCCGAGCCGACGACCCCGGUGGCUGCCAUGGAUGGCAUGGACCUAGGUCUGGCAGAUUCGCCAUCGCCUCGCAGUGUGCUGAGCAACGGUUCUGUCAGUUCGUCCUCUCGCGAAUCAACCCCUACCUGCCCGCGCAGCUUGCCCCGGACGUUGGCACCCACUCCCGGCGUGGAGUACUCCAACCCCCCGAUGCCGGCUCUUUCGCGGCCGCCGAUGCUGCCUACGCCCCAGAUGACCCCCCAGUCCCAUGUGGCCUCCACUCCUGCUGCGAGUGGGGCUGCUUGUGCCCCUCGCCGCCCUUCUAUCUGUACGGCGAUGUCCCAGGCGCAAAACAUGUGCAUGGCGCGAUCGACGCUCGAUCAGCGCCCGCCUCUGUCGUUUUGCGCGCGGGCUCAUUCCUACGAUGGCUAUCCGGCGGUGGUUCGCCGGUCAUCCCUGGCGCGCUCGACGUCCUCGGCGUCUUCGCCCGAUUCUAUGGUGUCGGACGUUUCUACCCUGUCGUCUCGCUCUUCGCGUUCGUCCUCCGUCUCGUCCAACGCGUCUGGGGCUGGUGGAUCUGCUGCCCCUCGCCUCGCCGUCAAGGCGGCUAUGCAUUGCACUAGCAAUUCUUUGAAGGAAUCUCGCAAGAGCUUGGCUAUCGCUACCCCCAUUGACGAGAGUGCCCUGGUCGAGGUCUACAGCUCCCCCGAAGCGUAUCCCGGCGCGAUGGGUUCUGCGACCGAUCUCUCCGCCUUCUCGCUGGACCAGGAAGCUGCCCAGAGCCUGUGCGAGCUCUCGGGUUCUGCCACCCCGGCCCAGCGCCAGUGCCGGAAACGCGGCCGCACGGGGUCCGAUGACCUCCUUCUCCAAAACCAUGUUCGCCACCUCAUCAACCUCGGCGCAUCCGGCGAGCCCGCCGUGCUGCCCGACGGCGAGUUGGCCAACUCCUUCCUGGUCCGGGGCGCCACCGCGUCUGGAGAGACGGGGCUGGUGUCCGGACCGGCCGGCAUGAAACGCGCCUGCUGCGGCAGCGAGGCGCGCAAGAUUGCCCUAAACCCGAGCAUGCGCACGGAGUUUCUGAAUUGA